AUGAAUGAUGUUGUAGGAGGGAAGUUGAUGCAUUUGUAUGCCGUCAAGCAUGGCUUGGAGCUCAAUUUGUUUGUCUCCGAUGCAUUAAUCGACAUGUAUGGAAAAUUUGGCAGGUUAGGUGAUGCAAGGAGAGUUUUUGAGCAGAUGGUUAUCAAAGAUAUUGUCUCAUGGAAUUCUAUAAUUGCUGCAUAUGAACAACAUGGUGGACCCAUCGAUGCUCGUUUACUAUUUGACAAUAUGCAACAAUUGGGAAUCCAACCUGAUGCAUUUACACUUGUUAGUUUGGCUUCUAUUGUUUCUCAAUUGAGUGAUCACAGGAGUGGCAAGUCCCUACAUGGAUUUUUACUUAGGAAGGGAUAUUUUUCCGAUGCUGUUAUUACUGGAAAUGCAGUGGUGGACAUGUAUGCCAAAAUGGGUACCACAGAAUACGCAAGAGCUGUCUUUGAAGGACUCCCUAUUAAAGACGUGGUUACGUGGAACAGUUUAAUUACUGGUUAUGCUCAGAAUGGUUUAGCAAACGAAGCAAGCAAUAUAUUCCAUAUGAUGGAAGAGUCGAAAGAUAUAUCCCCAAGCCAAGGUACAUGGGUUAGCAUAUUACCUGCUUACUCACAGCUAGGUGCCUUGGGGCAGGGGAUGCUAAUUCAUGCUCGGGUUAUAAAAGACUCCAUGUGGUCAGAUAUUUAUGUUGGAACAUGCCUUGUUGACCUGUAUGGAAAGUUUGGGGUUGUGGAAGGUGCUUGCAGAUUGUUUCACAAUAUGCCAUACAGAGAUAGUGGUUCAUGGAAUGCCAUGAUUUCUGGAUAUUGCCUGAAUGGAAAUGCAGCAAAUGCAUUAGAACUUGCAGAUGCCAUGAGAUUGGAGGGGGAGAAGAUGGAUGCUAUUACCGUCGCUAGUACUCUUCCUGCAUGUGUACAGAUGAAUGAUGUUGUAGGAGGGAAGUUGAUGCAUUUGUAUGCCGUCAAGCAUGGCUUGGAGCUCAAUUUGUUUGUCUCCAAUGCAUUAAUCGACAUGUAUGGAAAAUUUGGCAGGUUAGGUGAUGCAAGGAGAGUUUUUGAGCAGAUGGUUAUCAAAGAUAUUGUCUCAUGGAAUUCUAUAAUUGCUGCAUAUGAACAACAUGGUGAACCCAUCGAUGCUCGUUUACUAUUUGACAAUAUGCAACAAUUGGGAAUCCAACCUGAUGCAUUUACACUUGUUAGUUUGGCUUCUAUUGUUUCUCAAUUGAGUGAUCACAGGAGUGGCAAGUCCCUACAUGGAUUUUUACUCAGGAAGGGAUAUUUUUCCGAUGUUGUUAUUACUGGAAAUGCAGUGGUGGACAUGUAUGCCAAAAUGGGUACCACAGAAUACGCAAGAGCUGUCUUUGAAGGACUCCCUAUUAAAGACGUGGUUACGUGGAACAGUUUAAUUACUGGUUAUGCUCAGAAUGGUUUAGCAAACGAAGCAAGCAAUAUAUUCCAUAUGAUGGAAGAGUCGAAAGAUAUAUCCCCAAGCCAAGGUACAUGGGUUAGCAUAUUACCUGCUUACUCACAGCUAGGUGCCUUGGGGCACGGGAUGCUAAUUCAUGCUCGGGUUAUAAAAGACUCCAUGUGGUCAGAUAUUUAUGUUGGAACAUGCCUUGUUGACCUGUAUGGAAAGUGUGGUAGAUUGGAUGAUGCUGUGUCUUUAUUUUAUGAAGUGCCUAGGCAAAGCUCUGUUCCUUGGAAUGCCAUAAUAUCUUGUCACGGAGUUCAUGGACAUGGCGAGAGAGCUCUUGAAUUCUUUCGAGAAAUGCUUGAUGGAGAAGUGAAGCCAGAUCACGUGACAUUUGUUUCUCUACUGUCAGCUUGUAGUCAUUCAGGUCUGGUAAGCGAUGGGGAGUGGUGCUUCUGUUUGAUGCAGGAAAAUUUUGGAAUUAAGCCUAUUUUGAAGCAUUACGGUUGCAUGGUAGAUUUGUAUGGCAGAGCUGGUCUCUUGGACGUGGCGUUCGAGUUUAUUAAAAGCAUGCCAAUGAAGCCUGAUGGAUCCAUCUGGGGUGCUUUGAUCAGUGCUUGCAGGAUUCAUAGGAAUGUUGAGCUGGGUAAAUAUGCUUCGGAUCGCUUGUUCGAAGUCGACUCGGAAAAUGUUGGGUACUAUGUUCUACUGUCGAAUAUGUAUGCGAACGCUGGGAAAUGGGAAGGAGUUAAUGAUGUGAGGUCUUUGGCUAGAGGAAUGGGGUUGAAGAAGACUCCCGGAUGGAGCUCGAUUGAAGUAGACAAGAAGGUCAAUGUGUUCUACACAGGGAACCAGACCCAUACACAGUGUAAUGAAAUAUACAAGGAGCUGAAGGAAUUGUGUGAGAAAAUAAAGGCCAAGGGUUAUGUUCCCGACUUUGGUUUCGUGUUGCAGGAUGUCGAGGACGAUGAGAAGGAGCAUAUCCUCAUGAGUCAUAGUGAGAGGUUGGCGAUUGCAUAUGGAAUAAUCAGCACUCCACCCAAAAGCUCCCUUAGGAUCUUCAAAAACUUGCGAGUCUGUGGAGAUUGCCAUAGUGCGAUUAAGUGUAUAUCCGAUAUCACAGGUAGGGAAAUUGUUGUCAGGGAUUCCAACCGUUUCCAUCAUUUCAAGGAUGGAAGUUGUUCCUGUGGGGAUUACUGGUGA